AUGGAGAAGCGCCUGCAGGAGGCCCAGCUGUACAAGGAGAAAGGGAACCAAUGUUACCGGGAAGGGAAGUGCCGAGAUGCUGUGCGUGGGCACCAUCGAGCUCUGCAGCAGCUGCGGGGUCUCGAUCCAAGUCUGCCCUCCCCGAUGCCUAAUCUGGGACCUCAGGGCCCGGCCCUCACACCUGAACAGGAAAACGUACUGCACACCACCCAGACAGACUGCUACAACAACCUAGCUGCCUGUCUUCUUCAGAUGGAGCCAGUAAACUAUGAACGGGUGAAAGAAUACAGUCAGAAAGUCCUGGAACGACAGCCUGAUGAUGCCAAGGCCCUGUAUUGGUCUGGGGUGGCCUCUUUCCACCUGCAGGUCUAUGACCAGGCUUGGCACUACCUCAUGGCUGCUGUCAAUAGGCAGCCAAAAGAUGCCAGUGUCCGGCGGUACCUUCAGCUAACGCAGUCGGAACGCAGCAGCUACCAUCGGAAAGAGAAGCAGCUCUACCUGGGCAUGUUUGGUUAACAAAGAAGAAAGAUACCCCUCCACUGGAACUUGGGUGAACCAUU